UCUUCACUUUCUCUCUCUUGUUGUAAACAAGUUAUAAUAAUUUUGAAGCUUUCAAUAUUUAUCUUCCUUCUUUGUCUUUGUACCCAUUUCUUUAUAAAAGUUCUUGAUCUAUACCAUCUUUCUUAUAUUGUCCAUCUUUCUCUGUUGUUUAACAAUUCUCCUUGAUCUGCGACAACCCUUUAUUAUCUACAAACUUUUAAGCAUUAAUAAGAUGUCAUUGGAAUUGGUUUCUGAACGUGUUUGUUAUGUUCACUGCAACUUCUGCAACACCAUUUUAGCGGUUAGUGUUCCAAGCAGCAAUCUACUCACAAUUGUGACGGUUAGAUGUGGGCACUGUGCCAAUUUGUUGUCUGUGAACAUGGGUGGUUCACUUCAGACAUUUCCUCUUCAAGAUCCUCAGCAGUCACAGAAAGUGCAGUUAAACUCUGAAGAUCUAAACAAGGAUACUGGGUCAUCUUCCAAAUGCAACAAGGUCACUUCAUUUGAAUCUGCUGAUAAUGAACCACCAAGAAUGCCUCCCAUCCGCCCCCCAGAGAAGAGACAACGUGUUCCUUCUGCAUAUAACAGGUUCAUCAAGGAGGAAAUACAAAGGAUCAAGGCCAGCAAUCCUGACAUCAGCCACAGGGAAGCCUUUAGCACAGCAGCAAAAAAUUGGGCACAUUUUCCUCACAUUCACUUUGGGCUGAAGCUGGAUGGGAACAAGCAUGCUAAAAUAGACCAUCAGACAUUUGGAGCAGAGAGUACCCAAAAAUCUAAUGGAUUGUAUGAGAUCAAUGGUACCCUGUGAGUAGAAGAAGACGAAGAAGAAGCAGGAGCUAGUUUUCACUAUAUAUAUAUAUAUAUAUAUAUAUAUAAUAUGUAUGUAUAAUAAUAAAAGUUAUGGUAAUGAAAAUAACUUUGAAGACAAAAGAUAGAACAAAUGAGAGAGGUUGAAUUGAAGUCUCUCCUAACCAAAUAGGAAAGCCCUCUUGAAGACCUCACCCUUUAUCAUUUCAUAUUUCUUUUUUUUAAUCUUCAUUAUCAUAAUAUUUAUACAUAAAUAUGUGUGUGUUUCUCUUUUCUAACACUUUUUAAGAAGUGACUGCUAUUCUAGUGAUUGUUGCAUUUA